AUGGCUAGCAACGUGACCGCUACCAGAGAAGCUACAAGGCGUACUCACACUUACAGUUUCCAUCGCGAAGGUUUGGUUCAGUUGGGGCAAUUGGGUGGAUUGAUCACUGGUCAUAAUAAAACUGUGUUCACUGAGAAUUAUGGAAACAUCUUGACUCUUUUGGACUCACACGUCGACGAAUGGGGUUUGUCUACUCUUCUCCAGUUCUACGAUCCUGACUUGCGUUGUUUCACCUUCUCAGGCUAUCAGUUGGCUCCCACUCUCGAGGAGUACUCUCACUUUCUCAAUAUCAAGAUUCAACACAAGGUUCCUUUCGUGUGUGUCCCAGAGAAACCUGAUUUGAACAACAUUGCCAACGCUCUUUAUUUGAGCAUAGAAGACGUUCUUGGGAAUUGGAAGAAGAAUGGUAGCACUCAGGGUUUCUAUAUGAGUUUCUUGGUUGAGAAGGCCCAAGAAUUGGCCAACAAAAAGUUGUGGGAAGCUUUCAACGCCCUUCUGGCCGUUUUGAUUUAUGGGAUCGUGAUGUUCCCUAACAUUCACAAGUUCGUUGAUCUGGCUGCUAUAUGUCUUUUUGUGGAGAAGAAUCCGGUCCCUACUUUGCUAGCCGAUACGUACUAUUCUGUUCACUCUCGAUAUGGGAAAGGAGGAGCCAUAAGAAAUUGUUUGCCGUUGUUAUACACCUGGUUUAAGUCCCACCUACCUACAAGUGGUCCUUUCAUUACUUCUACCCAGAAAUGGCCUCAAAGGAUCAUGGGGCUUACCGGAAAUGACAUUGUCUGGUGUCCUACUGGGAUGGACGUAGAGAAGGGAACCGAUCUAAAAGGUUUAGAAAAAGUGAUGAGGGCCUGGAAUGACAUCCAUACAAGUGAUCAGAUUUCUCUAGGUGGAAAGAAUGCCGUUGCCAAACAAGCCUACACGGAUUGGGUUGAAAAUAGAGUUAAAGAUCGCCUGUUGCCUUUCCCGAAGGUUAACCCAUUGUACGAGCAACCACCUAAGAUUCCAAUUGCCACUGUACCUGCUGAGAAUCGUAUCCAGGUAGAUAUGGAAUGCACCCAAUUGCACGAAAAGAAGUCAGAUGCGCAACCGAAACAUUGUCUUGUGGACCAGAAAAGAGUUGAGUUGACACACGAAGCCAAAAUGCUGAAGGGAGGAUCUUCCAGAGUUCAAAAGAGGGCUAGAACGGAAAAAGGAUAG